CAAAAUAUUAAUUCGAAUAUGUGGAUGCGAUGAUUUCGAUUUGACAGGUGACACCUCAGCAAAAAAGGAUUGAAUUUUGUUGAAUUUAAAUAGCAAAAUGGCCAGCCCAAGAACACGACGUGUGUUAAAAGAUUUGAAAAUUAAAGAUGGCAAUAGUAAUUGUUUUGAGUGUGGUGGUCACAAUCCCCAGUGGGUUAGUGUAACAUAUGGUGUAUGGAUUUGCCUCGAGUGUUCUGGUAAACAUAGAGGUCUUGGCGUUCAUCUCAGUUUUGUACGAUCUGUGAGUAUGGACAAAUGGAAAGAUAUAGAACUUGAAAAAAUGAAAGCUGGUGGAAACAGAAAAGCCAAGGAGUUCUUUGAAUCUCAGCCUGAUUAUAAACCCAACAUGUCACUGCAAGAAAAAUACAACUCCAGAGCUGCUGCUCUCUAUAAAGAUAAGAUUUCCACAUUAGCUGAAGGCAAGCCUUGGAGUAUAGACACAUCUACAGCAAGGCAUCAUAAACCAUUUGUUGCCCCAUCAGCUGGCCUAAAACCAUCACAGAGUUACCCUAGAAUGGGUCAUCAGGACAGUAGUAGUAAUUCCAGCUUCACUAGUAGCGGUUAUCAGGAUUCAUUCUCCUCAGAGGAUGUAAAGAAACAUAAAGAAGAUUUCUUUGAGAGGAGGCAAAUGGAAAAUGCUUCAAGACGAGAUGAUUUACCACCAAGUCAAGGAGGGAAAUAUGCAGGGUUUGGGAAUACUGUAGAACGAAAGAAGGAAGAUGACUUCUUUGAAAAUACAAUGAGCAGUUUAUCCUCUGGAUGGUCUACAUUGGCAUCAGGUGCAUCAAAAUUUGCUUCAGUUGCCACAGAAAAGGUGUAUGGUUGGUCUCAGGCAACAAAAGUCGCUCAUGUAGCCAAAGAGAAAACAAUAGAAUUAAGUGGUACUGUGAAUGAGUCAGUCAUCAAACCAACAAAAGACAAGGUAAAGGAAGGAACAUUGUUGAAUGACGUUGGUGAAUCCAUGAGUGGAUUUGCUUCAAAGCUCUCCAGUGUGGGGGCCAAAGGCUGGGGUAACCUGCAGAGUCUAUGGGGAGAGCCAAAGACGACAUUGAGAUCUGUAGACACAAGCCCCGGGGAAAAAUCAUCACUUCUAGGUGGUGGAACACCAACCCAUCAGAGUGAUCCUAGCCAGAAUAAACUGUUGAAGGAUGAGGAUGAUUGGGGCGGUUGGUCGGAUGAUAAAAAUUCAGGAUGGAAUAACGCUGAUGAGAACGGUGACGAUCAGGAGCUAGAGGACUGGCUCAAUGAUGAUGAAGAGGGCGGGUCAAGGUCUUCCAAACAUAAACAAUCUAAAAAUAGUAAUAAUGAGGACAAUUGGGAUGAUUGGGGAGACAUUGAUGGAAAAGAUAAAAAAUCUUUAAAAUCUAGUCAAAAUAUGAAAAAGAAAGAAAGUUUAAAAACAAAAAGUGAUUCUGACGGAUGGAAUGUUGAAGACUGGGGCAUUGACACAUCUUCCAAUAAACAUUCUUCUAAAAAGCGAAAAGAUCCAUUAGUAGGAAAUCUUUUAGAUUUGGACAUAAAUGAGAGUAAUAAUAUAGAAACAGGAGCAAAUAACUCUGGUUGGGACAAUGAUGUCUGGGCUGAUGGGGAUGAUGAUGAAUGGCAAACUUUAGAGCUGGAUAGUAAAACUAAAUAAAUUUUAUAUCUUGUACUGAAAUAACUUAAAUGUUAAAUGAAAUAUUUAUAAAAAAAGCAAUCUGAAAUAUCUGUAAAUAACACUCUUAGAGACAUCACAAUAUAGUUACAUCAUUUGUGUUCAUUGUUAAGGAAGUAUAAGACUGGUAGUUUUGACUUACAGACUGUAUUUAUUAUUUAUACAUUCUGAUUCUUGCAGCUUCAUGUACAGAGAAAGGUUCAUUAGAUAGAUUUGAAACAAUGUGUAUCAUGCUGGACCAAUAUUCUCUAUUUACAUUGCCAAAUCAGACUGAUGUGUUAUCAUAAACUGUGAAAAUUGUUAAAUCCUUCAUCAUAAAACUAUUCACUGAGUUGAUUAUUUUAUUCUUAGUAAACUUGUACAUAUAUAUAUAAAGUGAAUAAUGAAACAUGAAUACAUUUUUUAUCAAGUUUUGUAAAAGCACCUAGCUUCGAUAAAAGUGCUUUAACAUCACAAUUAUGAAUUCAAUAUAGUUUUUAUCAAAUUAAAGCUUCUUUUUGGCUUUGCACUAUUGAGAGGGGAAAUAGUAACAAACAAGGUACCUGCUCACUCACGCAUCAUUAAUGUGUAAUCAUGAACCAGUAAUUGAUUAUUGUAACAUGGUUUGUUUAAAAGUGCAAUAUGUAGUUUAAUCAUUGCUAUAUUCUAUAUUAAAUUUGUUACUACAUGAAAAUAUCCCAGUUACAUAUACAAUACAGUAUGUACAUUGUACAUGUUUCCAACAUUCUUGUUAUUGAAUCAGUCUAUGAUUAUAUUUGAUAUAAUUUUAUUUUGGCCUAAACAUCUUUAGUAUUGUUUCACAAUGGUUAUGUUAUUAUUGUUCAUCAAGUAGUAUUAUUUUGUAAGGGUGUGUAUGGCUGAUGUUAAUUAACUACACAGAUUAUUGUUACUGUAUACAAUGCUGACUUGUUCUGUGUAAGAAAAUGUAGCCCUUGAAAUCUAUAUUUUAGUUUUACCAUAAAUGAAGACAGGAUUCAUCAAUAUCAAAAGAUUUCUGCGCUACAAUGGUUGUCUUAAUCAUUUUCCAUGAUCUGUGAUCUUUCCGGGAAUUAUGAUUGUUAACAGUUUAUUUGUCUGUCUAUGUUCAACUAACUUUUUAAGAUUGUAAGAAAGACACAGUCAUGUUAACCGAAAUACAUUUUAUUAUGUUUAAAGCCAGUUAUAUGAUAAAUCAUGUAUAUGUUUCAAAAUAUGUAAAGAUAUGCCAGUUAAAAUUAGAAAGUUUUCAGCCCAGGGUACAUAUAAAAAAAAUCUUGUGUAUAUUAUGAUAUGUAGACAUUUAAAUUAUUCAGUUAUUAUAAAUAAAACAACAGUUUGUACAAGGAUUAGUGGUAUUAAAUAUAAGAUUACAUUAUUGCUUAAGUUUGUUUUUAUCAUUUAUCAAAUCUUGUAUAUUUCAAAUUAAAUUUGAAAUGGUAUUUCUAUUGUUCCAUAAAAACAUAAAGUAGGUGCAAAUUAAAUAUAUGACCUGGUGUAACAGAUAUUAGUUAUUUGAGAUAUAGUUGACAUAGAUUCAAAUUACACAUGAAAUUUGAUGCCUAUACAGUUAAAUUCUGUGACAUGCAUUAGUCAAGCAAGCUUAAAGGAACUGCACUGAGAUUCAAAGGCU